UAGUUGCCCUGCCGUCAUGUCUAAGUCAGAGUCUCCCAAAGAGCCGGAACAGCUGCGGAAGCUCUUCAUUGGAGGGCUGAGCUUCGAAACAACCGACGAGAGCCUGGGGAGCCAUUUUGAGCAAUGGGGAACACUCACGGACUGCGUGGUAAUGAGAGAUCCAAACACCAAGCGAUCCAGGGACUUUGGGUUUGUCACAUACGCCACUGUGGAGGAAGUGGAUGCCGCUAUGAAUGCAAGACCACACAAGGUGGAUGGAAGAGUUGUGGAACCUAAGAGAGCCGUGUCGAGAGAAGAUUCUCAGAGACCGGGUGCCCACUUAACUGUGAAAAAGAUCUUUGUUGGCGGUAUUAAAGAAGACACUGAAGAACAUCACCUGCGAGAUUAUUUUGAGCAGUAUGGAAAGAUCGAAGUGAUUGAGAUCAUGACUGACAGAGGCAGUGGAAAAAAGAGAGGGUUUGCUUUUGUCACAUUUGAUGACCAUGACUCUGUGGACAAGAUUGUUAUUCAGAAAUACCAUACUGUGAAUGGUCACAACUGUGAAGUCAGAAAAGCCCUGUCAAAGCAGGAGAUGGCUAGUGCUUCAUCCAGCCAAAGAGGUCGAAGUGGUUCCGGAAACUUUGGUGGUGGUCGUGGAGGCGGUUUUGGUGGCAAUGACAAUUUUGGUCGAGGGAACUUCAGUGGUCGUGGUGGCUUCGGUGGCAGCCGUGGUGGUGGUGGAUAUGGUGGCAGUGGGGAUGGCUAUAAUGAAUUUGGUAAUGAUGGAAGCAAUUUUGGAGGUGGUGGAAGCUACAAUGAUUUUGGCAAUUAUAACAAUCAGUCUUCAAAUUUUGGACCAAUGAAGGGAGGAAACUUUGGAGGCAGAAGUUCUGGCCCUUAUGGUGGUGGUGGCCAGUAUUUUGCUAAACCAAGAAACCAAGGUGGCUACGGUGGUUCCAGCAGCAGCAGCAGCAGCAAUUCAUAG